AUCGGCUUGAUUAAUGAAUUCUGUGUUGAGGAAUAAGAAUUUGCAUUUAAUUUAUAUUGGGUUUUGAAAAUGAACUCGUUUAUGUUUGUUGUUCAAAGAUCAAGGGGUAUGCCACUCUUCGUUUUCAUCUUCCUAUUUCUCUUCAGCUCCAUCUCACCAUCUUGUGGGUAUGAUCCACUGGAUCCUCAAGCCAAUAUAACCAUUACAUGGGAUCUCAUGCUUGACAAUGGCGGCACCUAUGACGUAAGGGUAUCAAUCUACAACUUCCAACUAUUUCGACACGUGGAGCGGCCCGGUUGGAAAUUGAGCUGGACAUGGAGAGGAGACGAGGCAAUAUGGGAUAUGUGGGGAGCAGAGGCAACUCAGCAAGGAAACUGCUCUAGAUUUAGGGGUCAAGUACUUCCUCAUAGCUGUGAGAAAAGGCCUGAGAUUGUUGAUCUCAUUCCAGGAGCUGCUUAUAAUAAGCAAUUUGCCAAUUGCUGCAAGGGAGGGGUUUUGACCUCAAUGACACAAGACCCUACUAUGUAUUUUGCUACUUUCCGGAUGAACGUUAAUAAACCUUCUUCUGAUAACAACGCAAUCUACUUCAUGCCCCUCAAUUUCAACCUUGGUCUUCCUGGUUAUACCUGUGGAGACGCAUUUGAGGUUCCACCAACCAGGUUCAGAGAGGAUGGAAGCCGUCGACGGACGCAAGCUCUUGAGACUUGGAAUGUAACCUGUAUCUACUCACAAUUUCGAGCAUCACCUACUCCAAAAUGUUGUGUUUCCUUGUCUGCAUUUUACAACAGUACCAUUGUUCCUUGCCCCCAGUGCAGCUGUGCUUGUCAAGGACUAGCUGGAGCAAAAUGUGUAAAGCCUGGAGAGACACCUCCUUUGUUGGAACUACCACAUGCAAAUGAAGAAGAACCACAACCUUUGGUGGCCUGUUCUCGCCACAUGUGCCCUACACAGGUGCACUGGCAUGUGAAACAAAGCUAUAAAGAGUAUUGGAGGGUCAAGAUCACUAUCACCAAUCUAAAUUUUGUUAAAAACUAUUCAAUGUGGAAUUUGGUGGCUCUUCACCCCAACUUGAGAAAUGUCACUCAGGUUUUCAGCUUCAACUACCAGCCCCUUAACUCCUAUGCAAACAUCAAUGAUACGGGGAUGUUUUGGGGGAUUCAAUACUACAAUGACAUGUUACUUCAAUCGGGACCAAGUGGAAAUGUACAAACCGAGAUGCUACUGCACAAAGAUUCGGGAAUUUUCACUUUUAGAGAAGGAUGGACUUUCCCAAGAAGAAUUUCUUUCAAUGGUGACGAAUGUGUACUGCCCCCUCCAGAUCAAUACCCUACUCUCCCAAACGUUGCUCAUAGUGCCACAGCAAUGCCUUCCAUUCUUUUCUCCUUGUUUUUUAUUGUAUUAGUAUUUUGAAGUGUCGGCCUUAGAGAUUAAAACUCAUAACUUUUAAAUACGUGAGCAUUUGUUAGUGUUGUAUUUGCCCAUAAAUUUGAGAACCCAAAAUAAUAAUAAUAAAAAAAAAAGACAACUGUUGCCAAACCUA